GGGAGAGUCAAUCACCUGAAACUAUAGCUGAGAGUGAAGUCUCCAAGGAGAGAGGCAAACACGAGGAGGACAAUCUUGUAGCCGGAGAAACAAACAAGAAGGCAAGCUGCUCGCCGUGGCAACAUCCCUCUCCCCAGCCUUGGUUUCUCAUCUGCAUCCACAUCCACAUCCAAUUCCCGUCGAUCGAUUAAUUCCUCCAACUAGCUAGGUAGACCUUCUGGUCGCUCUGGUCUAAGCUCCGACGAAAUGAUGAAUCGGUGCUUCAGCUGCCUCAACGGUGGCGGCGGCGAGUCCGAACCGGAGGCUGCCGCCAGUCGUCGUCGGAGAAGAAACCCCCCGUCGAGGAGGGCGUCCAGGAACAGGAACCGGAGCGUGGAGUUCCCGUGGGAGAUGUUCACCCUCAAGGAGCUCGUGCAAGCGACCAACAACUUCAACGAUAGCAACAAGCUCGGCGAGGGCGGCUUCGGCACCGUCUACUGGGGCCGCACCUCCAAAGGCGUUGAGAUCGCGGUGAAACGGCUGAAGGCGAUGACGGCAAAAGCGGAGAUGGAGUUUGCGAUCGAGGUGGAGAUCCUUGGCCGCGUCCGCCACCGCAACCUGCUCAGCCUCCGCGGCUUCUACGCCGGCGGCGACGAGCGGCUCAUCGUGUACGACUACAUGCCCAACCACAGCCUCCUCACCCACCUCCACCCGCACCGGGGCACCCCGGCCUCGCAGCAGCACCCGCCCCUCGACUGGCCGCGCCGCGUCGCCAUCGCCCUCGGCGCCGCCCAAGGGCUGGCCUACCUGCACCAUGAGGCUACCCCGCACAUUAUCCACCGCGACAUCAAGGCCAGCAACGUUCUGCUGGACGCGGACCUGGUGCCCAAGGUGGCCGACUUCGGCUUCGCCAAGCUCAUCCCGGACGGCGUCACCCACCUCACCACCCGGGUCAAGGGCACGCUCGGGUACCUGGCGCCGGAGUACGCCAUGUGGGGCAAGGUCUCUGAGAGCUGCGACGUGUAUAGCUUCGGGGUCCUCCUCCUGGAGCUCGUCAGCGCGCGGCGCCCACUCGAGAAGUUGCCGGGCGGAGUCAAGCGCGAGAUCGUGCAGUGGGCGGCGCCGCUCGUGGAGCGGCGAAAGUGGGAGCGCCUGGCGGAUCCCAGGCUCGCGGGGAAGUUUGAUGUUGCGCAGCUACGGGUUGUGGUGGAGACGGCCAUGUUGUGCUCGCAGAGCGAGGGGGAGUCCAGACCGACGAUGGCCGAGGUCGUCGAGAUGCUCAGGUUUGGCGGCGGAGGAGAAAGGCGGAACAGGGAGAUCGUGCCGGUGGCGGACGCCGCCAGUGAGGAUGUCACCAUGACUACCGAUCGUGAGGACGACGUCACCGGCAGCACCGAGCCGCUGGAUAGGCGGAGCUGGAAGCUGACCACACUGAGGUGAUCCCAUCCUGGCCUGGCCUCUCGGUCGAGUCGAUCCAUCCAUUUGUCAGCACGCAUCGUUUCCAUCGCCACAUCAUCCCGCGGACGUUUUCUGCCCAGUGGGAUUAAGAUGCAAAUUCAUGAUUCUUAGAUUGCAUUGUUGAUUAACUAGCGUGUGGAAUUGGUGGUGGGUCUUGUUUGGUGAUGGAUCGAUCCAUGAGGAUGGUCUCGGAGUUGUCAAUCAUCUUUCAUAUCAGAUUGGCCUGCAAAGUUUUGUUUGCUUGCAUGGAAAUGCAUUUGCGUUAUUUUUUCUUGCUGAAUUACUUUAUGAUGUGAAAUAGUCAGCUGGCAAGGGCACAUGUAAAAUAUCUGUGCAGGCUGGGUUUUUUUAUGCUUUGUUGCCGGCUGUACCUAUGUAUCUUGAAAGGUAUACAAUAAUUGUGUAUUUGAUUGCAAAAUAAUGAUGGUAUUUCUAUA